AUGCGUCUCGGAUCAGCCGGCCUCCUGGCCCUGCUCUGGUCCCUCGGCAGCAGCAACAUCGCGACGGCAUCACCGCUCGCCGACGACGAUGCCAGACCCAUGCCCGGCCUCAAACCCAGACAGGGUUCAGGCACGGGCUCGACACCAACCUCGACGACACCACCGGUAGUCACGACCCCGACGACAACGAGCGCCGCCGAGGAAGCGACGACGACGAUCACGGAGACGGUCACCGCGGGCGGCGGCGGCGGAGGAGGCACCGUGACCGUCACCUCCAACGUCCUCCGCACAGUCAUCACCACCGUCGUCGUCACGACGACUACCUUCGAGACGACCACCGUCACGAGCAACGACGUCGCCACGGCCACGUUGACCAACUACGUCACAUCCACCGUCCUCGCGAAGCGCUGGCUCAACUUCCUCCCGGCCGAGACCGCCCCCGUCGACGCCCUCGCACCCGAAAUCACCCCCGCCGCCGGCGACCUGCGCAAGCACGCCUUCAUCGAGAAGCGCGCCAUCGUCACCGUCACCGUCACCGUCUCCGGCACCGCCGCCGCCGACGCGACCGUCACCAACCUGCGCACCAGCACCGUCGUCCGCACCACCACCUCCAACCUCGUCCGCACCUCCACCAUCGUCAGCACCGUCUUCAACAACGCCCAGACGACCAUCACCGUCACCUCCACCCUCAUCGUCACCUCCACCUCCAUCGACACCGCCGCGCCCACCACCGUCGACGUCGGCCCGACGGGCAACAACAUCGCCACGGCCACCGACUCCGGCUCCUCCGCGACGGGCGGCGCCAGCAGCGACAACAACAACAGCGACAGCGGCCUCUCCACCGGCGCGAAGGCGGGAAUCGGCGCCGGCGUCGGCGUCGUCGGUCUCGCGCUCCUCAUCGGCGUCGGCUGGUGGCUCUACAAGCGCCACAAGGCCAACCGCCCCAGCGCCGCCGACCUGGCCGACAUGCGCGCCUACGACCCCAAUGGGCCCUCGUCCUUCGACCACGGCGGUCGCGGCCACGGCAUGUCGGAGACGGGAGCCGGCCUCGGUGCCGCCGCCGUCGCGGCGACAACUCCCACACACAGACGCCAGCCGGUGCCCCGGAAGAGCAGCCAGCUCUCGCCGCCGACGCAGAGCGUCAGCCCCAUGUCGAACAACCACGUCUCCCCCGCGAGCGACUACGGCUCGCCGUACGCGAGACCGCCCGCCAACGGCGCCAACGAGCUCGGCGACACGAGGAUCCUCCCGCCCGAGAUGGGCGGCGACGAGGUCGUCGAGAUGGGCGACGGACAGCCCCGGCCGCCGCCGCCGCCGCCGCCCCAGCAGCCCGGUCGGCAGCCGUUCCAGUCCGGGCCGGUGUCCGACGUCUACGAGAUGCCUACCGAGAGGUAUCGGUAA